AUGGGCUUCAAUCACCCUGACCGAAUCACCUUUCUUGCUACUCAGCCCGUUCUCGACGCGGUCCCUUCCUCACGUCGUUCUCUCAACGCGGCACGUAACGCCUCGCAGAAUGCUGGAAACCAGAACAUCGAUCCCGUUCUUGGUGAUCCAGACGCAAUCUUCAUCCGUCCUCCCUUCACCGACUUCCCUGGCGCCGCGUCAGUCAAGGACGGCCUGACCUACAACAUUUUAGCCGAGAACCCGGACUGGUUCCUCCUAGUCGAUGAUUUCCUUGGCCCCGAUGCCCACAGGUAUCCCACUCAACUCGAACCUCCUCGGGGUUGGUGUCCCAAGAAGGCUGAGCAGGUCACUUGGCCGGAAGGUGAAGAGCCUCAGCUCCGGUGCACCUUGUGCCGGCGAAAGUACUCAGGAAUCAAUGCGAAGUCAAUGUGGAGGCGGCACGUCUACGAGAAGCAUAAGAUCGCCAUGUCAAACCGUCGUGAAACUGGCAGUGGAGGCCGUGGACGGGCCACGAACAGUGAGCAAUCUGCAUUCGUACUGCGGUCCCUUUAUGCUCAAUGA